GUAAAAGUACGCUUUUUCGAAACGAAUAUGACAUAUCACUGUACUGGUGUAACAUCUCCACAUAACACCACCGUUUUUAUGAAUGCUAAACAUUUCAAGGAAAUUCAAAAUUAAGACGUUGAUUGAUAAUGAAUGGAUGGAUAAAAAUUCUAGUAGCUGAACCAUGUUUCUUUCGAUGAAAGCGAUGAAGUGGGCUUACCCAAUAUGUCCGAGGAUCACCACUAUUGGAAAAACCGGAUGUGACAUUAUUAUUGACAACCCAACUGUUGAUCCACAACAUGCUGUUAUAGAGUAUGAUCCUUCUAAUGGUUUAAUAACCUUACGUGAUCUAUCUUCUCGUAAAGGGACAUUUGUGAAUGAUCAAAGAGUUAAUGGAAUCGUUGGACUACUGGUUGGAGACAAACUGAGGUUUGGGUGCUGCUCAACAAUAUAUGAAAUAACAUGCCCCGGAAAGAACUCGCACGAGUCUUUUACAGGUACUCAACCAGUGAAUCUUGGUAAUCAAGAAAAGCGACCAGCUACAAUUCCUCCAUGGGUGAAAGUGUGUGACGAUUCAAGUUCAAGUCAAACCAAUAUUUCAAGUGUCGUUUCAAGUGACAAUAAGGCCUCUAACACGUGUAUACAAGUUGACGAAAAUAAUUUCGAGGCAAAUUCAUCUUCAAAACAACCGGAGAGUCGUUCGAAUACUAACGAAUCAAAAAUGUAUCCUCUCUAUUAUAUCAAAGCAAAUACUUCAGACCGUUGCUUGACCAACCUUACUCCAAACGUAACAACGAGUGCUUCAACAGAAAAUGACUGCAAUUCAGAUCAAAAAGAUCAAUGUAUUAAAGAAUUACAAGAACAAAUUAAUCGUCUUACACCAUUAGAAGCAAUUACAACACAAAAGGAUAUUCUUAUAAAACAUUUACAAAAUCAAUUAUUUCAAAUGAAUCAAUUAAGUAGAUUAUUUCAUUAUACCGAUAAUUGUACCACAUUAUAUACACCAAGAAAUGUAUCAUUCAUAAAUAAUUAUACUCAAACAGAUCAUGAACAAAAUAUUAUUACGUCAUCAUCAUCAUCAUCGUCAUCAUGUAAUCAAAUUCUAUAUCCUACUCAACAACAAGAACAACAACAACAAUAUGGACCAAUUAGAAUGCGACCUUGUUCAACACCUUCACCAAUGAAAUUAUCCUCAAAUAAUGUUACUAUGUUAACAAAUCAUAAUGAUAAAAUGAAUAAUGAUACUAUAAAAGAUGGACAAUUAUUAGAAAAAACACAUAGAGAACGUCAAAUAUUAAGUGGACUUGUAAUACAAUUACAAAAAGAUUUAUCUAAUAAAGAUAUACAAAUGAAUAGAUUAAAUAAAGAAUUAAAUUUAAUGAAAAAUCAAUUAAUCGAAAAAGAUACAACAAUAGAUGCAUUACAUAUGAAAUAUAAUAAAUCUCAAGAUAAAAAACAAUACAAUUUGGAGAAGGAACAAUUUGAAAAAGAAAUUGACAGUAUUCGUCAGAAAUAUAAAACUUCAGAAUUACAUAAUCAUUCAUUACAAGAUGAAUUAGAUAAAAUGAAAUUAGAUCAUCAUAAACUUCUUCAAGAUAUUGAAAAUAAAUUAGUUGCAGAGAAUAAAUUACGUAAAGAAUUAGAAGAAAUGCAAAUAAAAAUUAUUGAAUUAGAACGUUCUGUUCGAAUUCAUCAACUUGAUAAACAUGAAGCUGUUAGUGAGUUUGAACGUUUACGUACACGUAUCAUGCGUAUUGUAUUCGCUGUAAUAUCUGAAACUCAAUUCAAUACUAAGAAAACAUUAGAAACUUCAUCUAAUAAGAAAGUUACUAUCAAUUCUGAAUCCAAUACCCAAUCUAUGGAUAAUAAUCAGGAAGUAUCAAAUGAGAAAUCACCACCACCACCACCAUCAUCAUCGUUAUCAUCAUCAAUAGACAACGUGGAUUCAUAUCAAAAUAUAAAUCAUAAUGAACAAUUAUUAGAUCGUAUACAAUUUCUAGCUGAUGAUUAUAAACGUUUACAAUAUGAAUUACAAGUUAAUAAUUCAAUAGAUAAUCAAAUGAAACAACAAAAUAAAACAAUUGAAAAUGAAUUAAAUGAAUUUAUUCAUGUUUAUAUAGAAGCUCAACAAAACAUGAAAGAUACACCCAGAUUUCGUUCUUCGUUACGACUAAAACAAGAUAUUGAGUUAUUAGCUGCUUAUGUUCCAGCUAGUGAAAUUUUAAAACGACUCCAACGUAUCCUACUGGACGAUUUACAGGAUCAGGUGAAUACACAACAACGUCUCGAAGAUUGUGUACAAGAAGCUGUUGGGACAAUACAGUCACAGAAUACUGAUAUGUUACAUAUCAUUAAUCGUCCAGAUGAUUUAGUGAAUACAAUAAGACAUUUAGCUGAAUUAACAACCAUAAUGAUACAACAAAAAACGGAUUUAUUAAAACAAAUAAAAAUGAAUGAAAUGGAAUAUCAAGAAGAACUUCUUAAAACUAAAUCACUUAUUCAAAAUGAAUGGAAAAUGAUAAUGGAUGAUAAAAUAACUAAAUUAAAUUAUGAAAAUGCAGAUAAAAUUCAGAAAGCUGUUGAAGAAGUUGCACGUGUGGAAAGUUUACGACAAGAACAAUUACUGUCUGUUAAAGCAACAAUCAUUGAAGAACUUGAAAAUAAAUUACGUGAAACUCGUCAAAUUUUAGCCGAAAAGCAAAUCGUUCAUGAAACUGAAUUAAAUGAAGCCAAAGAAGCAAGUGAACUUCUACCGAGAUUACAACAAGAAAUUGAAUUGAAAGAAAAUCAAAUAGAAGAAAUGAAAUCACAAUUAGACCAACAAAAUCAAGCUAAUAUAAAGUUACAUGAAGAAAUUGAAAAACAAUGUGAAUUACGUUGGAAAUCUGAAUUGGACAGUUAUAGAGAACAAGUUCGACAGCAUGCUAGAACAAUAUGUGUUAUGGAAGAACGUUUAGUCAAACUGACAAAACAAUUAAAAGAUACUAAGAAUGAAGUAACAAAAUUCAAACGAACCAAUACAGAUUUACAAAGUGAAAAUAAACAAUUACAAACUCGUUUAACAGACUCUCAUAAUCGUCUUCAAUCUUUACGAGCAAAAACAUCAGCACGUCAUAAUGAUGAUACAAAUAAACAUUCUUCUGCAUAUUCAUCUAUUGAUGAUAAUACUAAUCCUAAAUUGGUUGAUAAUCUAAAACUUGAAAUAAUUCAAUUACAAAAUAUAAUUAAAGAUCAAACAUCUACUAUAGAAGUAUUACGUUCUGAUUUACAAGGUACACAAGCUCAAUUAAGUGAUAUAAAAGGUGAAUUACCUGAAAUACAAAAAGAAGAAAUUGAAAAUGUAUUAAAUGAUAAUAAAAAAAUAAAUCAAGAAUUAUGUAAUACUAAGACACAAUUAAUUAAUUUGAAAGAUUCAUUAGAACAAAUGAAUGAAAAAUUAUAUGAAAAAGACGAACAUAUAAAAAGACUACAAAUUACAAUUCAAGAAUUAACUAAUUCUAAACAUGAAUAUGAAUAUAAAAUAAAACAUUUACAAGAGACUAUAAAUGAUGAAAGAGAGAAGUUAGCUCAUCAUCAUCAUCAUAAUGAACCUAUCAAUGCAUCAUCUAAAUUGACACAAGAAUUAAUUAAUUUAGGCAAUGAAUGUAAAGGUGAAAGACAUCAUGAAAUUAUUGAUAAACAAAGAGAAGCAUUAAGUCAAUUAAGACAACGAUUACGUGAUCAAUAUAUGUAUAUAUCACCAAAAGGUAAUACAGAAAGUGAUGAAUUAAUCCUUCAAAUUUCUAAACUUAAACGCGAAAAUGCUGAAUUACGUAGCAAAGCAGUACUUGCUGAAGUAGUACCAUCAAUAAAAGCAUUAACAAAUAAUUCUACUCUCGCAUUGAUUGACUUCAAGAAUGGUGAUGAUGAUCAAGUGACUGGUCAAAAAUCAGCAAACAUGGAUCAUAUUGGUUUGAGAAAUGCAAUGGAUGCUUUAUACACUUCAGAAGAAUGUUAUUUAAAUCUAGCUCGAUCAAUAUCAAGUCGUUUAGAUUUAGAUAGAUUACCAGGUCAAAGAUCACUUAUUCAAGUACCAAAAAUAGAAAGGGAAACAGUUAGAAAAGAGCGUCAAAAUACAAUUCAACUAUUAUCGCAAAGAAUUGAAAUAUUGAAAGAUCAACUUCAACAUAAAGAAAAUUUACUCAAUGAAUAUGAACGUGAUAUGAGUCGAUUGAAACAAGCUGAAGCAUUGGCAGAUGCAAAAGGUGAACAAUUAGAUCAAUUCAUUAGCGAACUACGCUCGAAAGAAACAGAAAUUCAAUUAUUACGUCAAAGCUUAGAUAGGACACGUGAAGCAUUAUUGAAUGAACAACGUUCAGUAGCUGCAUUUAAAAAGUCUAGAAAUUCAACACCAACUUCGAAUUUCAGUUCAAUUAAGGUCAUUCCCUCGCAGAAGAAACAGCCUCGCCAAUCAAACAAUGAACAAACCGACAAGGAACAACGUCAAAGAAAAGCGAUUCAAGAGAAAUUAAAACGGAAAGAUUACGAAAUUGACACGUUAAAAAAUCAAUUAGAAGAGCGCGACAAGAAACUUCAGUUGUUGUCAGAUCAGACGAUGAAAAUGAGGAUGCAAAUGGGUUUAGACGAUAUUUGAACAAGGAAGACACAAUUACGGAUCGAUAUUGGACCUAAUGUAAAUUAACUUUUUACUGGUCAGAGUAUGAAACAUAUUACAGCCCCGUUCAGCAAUGUCAACUUCGGUCGUACUUCGUAUUUUUCUCAUAAUUAUGAAUAUUAUAUACUGCGGAUUUACUUAUUAUUCAUGUUAAAAUACGUAAUAAGUUUCGUAACAAUAAAAGAUCAUCUACUAC